UGUAGUACAAUUAUAUAUGUAACAUUCUCAUUCAUUUUCAGCAUAUUUUUAUAUUUAAAGCAUGAAUUUCAUAGUAUUUUUUAACGUUAUUUUUUAUUGAAAAGACGAAUGCUGCAAGGUCAUAUUGCAUGACCGUAUUUCAUUUUAAAUAGUUGGCAUUUCUGUAGUUAAGAAAUAGUGGUAUUAUUUAAGUUUGGUGUAUCUGAUAUUUUUACUACAUUAAAUAUAAUUCUGUCUUUUUUUCUCAAUAAAUUUCGGCUUAAAACAUGAACGUAAUACCAUAUAUGCAUUCUAUGUUUAUAAUGAAUCAAAAUAAUUUCCUAAGAAGGUGCAUUCAUGUUAGUGCAGUGCAUAAUAGAACACAAGCUGGACGUUACAGACCUAAAGCCAAACCUCAGCCAUUAACAUAUGAAAUGGCAAAUCCUCCUCAUCAUAUUGCCGCCAGGAAAGCCUGGAAUUCUUGGAAUACAUCAAAUGUAUUAGGUGGAAACAGACCAUCAGAAACUGCUGUGGAAGAUAUGUUUAUUAGAAAUUUUAUGAAUGGAACAUGGCCAUCAUUUAUUCUAAGUGAAGUAAUUAUUAAACGGCAACAUAAUAUGAUUAGAAUUUCUGCUAUUAUGGCAUUAAAAGUCUCAGUUAGAACAAUAUAUUUCUUAAUAGGCUAUAGUGAAGAAUUAUUAAGUCUUUGGUUGCAUUGUCCAGUCAAAUUAGAGUUGGUUGUGACUGCAUCAUCAAAAGAUGUUAUAUAUAAAGUAAUUUAAUUUUAUGUGUAGGAAUGUUUCUUUAAUAUAAUUAUA